AUGGAUUUUCUGAACGUCCUAUGGAGCAUUUGGGGAUUCUUUGUCGGAAUUUCAGUGGGUCUGGUGGUCGGAUAUUUCUUGUUUAUAUACUCCAAACCAAGCGAUGUGAAGGAACCUGAGAUUAAGCCGUUGACUGAACCUGACUCAGAAACCAUACAGCGGAUGCUCCCUGAGAUGCCGUUGUGGGUGAAAAAUCCUGAUUAUGAUCGUAUGGACUGGCUCAACACGUUUAUUGACUAUCUCUGGCCUUAUCUUGACAAGGCAAUUGUUAAGACAGUAAGAGCUGUUGUUAAGCCUAUAAUUGCUGAGGAGAUUCCCAAGUAUAAGAUCAAGUCGGUCGAAUUCCAAGAGCUCACGCUCGGCUCGCUCUCGCCCACUCUUCAAGGUAUGAAAGUCUAUGAAAUGCAUGAAAAGGAGUUGAUAUUGGAACCUGCAAUCAAAUGGGCUGGAAAUCCCAACAUCAUGGCUGCAGUUACAGCAUUUGGAUUAAAAGCUACCGUUCAGCUGGUGGAUCUGCAAGUUUUCGCGGUGCCACGGAUCGUCUUGAAGCCACUGGUUCCGAGCUUUCCUUGUUUUGCAAACAUUUCCGUGUCUCUAAUGGAGAAGCCACACGUCGAUUUUGGACUAAAGUUCAUGGGGAUCGACCUGAUGUCAAUACCCGGUCUUUAUACGUUUGUCCAGGAGCGCAUAAAAGAUCAGAUUGCAAGCAUGUAUCUAUGGCCAAAGACUCUAAAAAUACAAAUUAUGGACUCAGCUAAAGCGUUUAAGAAGCCCGUGGGGAUUCUCCAUGUGAAAGUUGUGAGAGCAAUGAACCUUAGGAAAAAGGAUCUUUUAGGUGCAUCCGAUCCAUAUUUGAAACUAAAGCUCACCGACGACAAGUUACCUUCGAAGAAAACAUCCGUGAAGCACAAUAACUUGAACCCCGAAUGGAACGAGGAGUUCAAGUUAGUCGUUAAAGAUCCCGAAUCCCAAGCCUUAGAGCUUCAUGUUUAUGAUUGGGAGCAGGUUGGGAAGCACGACAAGAUGGGCAUAAACGUUAUACCGCUGAAAGAUCUUCCUCCUGACGAGGUGAAAGUUCUGACUCUCGACCUUAGAAAGAAGGUUGAUUCGGGUGGCACUGAUAACGAGAAGGACCGCGGUCAGCUUGUAGUUGAACUUAAAUAUAAACCGUUAAAAGAAGAAGAGAUGUCGAGGGGUUUUGACGAAAUGCAUGAAGUACCGAAAGCUCCCGAAGGAACGCCUGCUGGGGGCGGUUUGCUGGUUGUCAUAGUUCAUGAAGCUGAAGAUGUUGAAGGAAAACAUCAUACCAAUCCAUUUGUAAGGAUUUACUUCAGAGGGGAUAAGAGAAAGACUAAGCGGGUGAAGAAGAACAGAGAUCCGAGAUGGGAGGAGGAGUUCCCUUUUCCGCUAGACGAACCGCCCACGAACGACAAAGUACACAUAGAAGUUGUCAGUACCUCUUCAAAAAUAGGUUUGCUGCAUCCAAAGGACCUUCUCUCUAAUGAAGUGGUUGUGCACCUCCACAUGCUUUGUUCUAGCAUGAAACACCGGAUUUUCUGCAAGGCGAAUCGCAGAUUGAUUGUUGCAAUAAAGUGGUAUUGGAUACUCAAUUUUCUGGUGCCAAUCUUCCAUCAAAAGUUUUAAGCAUGUAUUUUCCUGAGUUGCUCCAGCUGCUGCUCUGUACUCUGCUUCUUUAGUUGACAAUGAUAUUGUUUGUUGUCUUUUGUUACACCAAAAAAUUGUUCUUGAACCGAGCUUGAACACAUACCCAGUGAUUGAUCUUCGGG